AUGCGCAACUCGUUCGCCCUCGGCGCCGGCCUGGCCUGCCGCCUCCCUACACCUCACAUACCUAGGCGAUCGUUCGUGACCACCGUCGCACGGGGUCUCGCCGCCGCCGCCUCCUCAGCUCCAGCGCCCGCGCCGCCGCUAAAUCCGCGAUGGCUUUCCGAGUUGCAGGCGCGCAUCAAGCGGUGCGCGGGGCUCGACCUCAGCGAGCAGCAGAAGGGGGAGUUGAAGGCUCUGCGGGAGGCUAUCGACGGGCAGUGGUUGGAGUUGCUCGCCGGACGGGAGGGGUUCCUCACGGGCCCCGGGUGGAGGGGCCUCGACAGGCAUACGGUGACUUGGGGAGACCAGGUGAGAUGCAAUGCCGUAGGUCAUGUAAACAACGUCGUCUACAACAAGUACGCCGAGUCGGCGCGGGUCAAUUGGCUUCGUAACUUUGCGACAACGGUGGAUCCCGAGCACAAGGACGAGUGGAACCAGCUCAUGAGCCCGCGGGACCUUGGCCUCAUCAUGAGAAGCAUCAAGACGGACUACAAAUUUCCAAUGGCCUACCCUGACCACGUGACGGUCCUCCAUAAGCUCGUCUCCAAGCCGACGUACGGUUCAGACUUCAUCCUGCUCGAGGCUCUCCUCAUCUCCGACGGCCACCGCCGCCCUGCCGCCCGCUGCUUCGAGGACAUCGUCGUCUAUGAUUACAAGACGGCAAAGAGGGCGCCGCUCAAGCCUUUUAUGGUCGAUCGGCUGCGGGAGACGUACGAGGCGCAGGAGAAGAGCAAGGUCGAAUGCGAGGAUAAGGUGAAGGGUUUCGUCGAGAUUGUCGAGCGUCUCGAGAAGGCCGCCCGUUGGAAGCGCAGAUGUCCGAGGGAGGCUCCGGAUCGGCGGGCGAUGACGGCGCGAGGCUUUUCAUCGGCUGAAAGUGGAGAUCUGCGCGACAUCGACGAUUCGAUGCCCGCCGGCGCCAUAGACACAACUCCAGAUUUUCAAGACCUGUCCAUCACCAUGAGCAGCAUCUCAUUCCGCGAGCACAUCCGCUGGAUCCCCGAUGAGGCGAGCGAGCCGACGUCGACCGUGGUGCUCACAUCCCCGCAGCGCCGUUUCGUAGAUCUCCGCAUUCUGAAGCAGCCGCCGACGGUGGAUGGCGUGCAAGACACGCACGGCAUCGAGCGCUUGGAAUGGGGCAUCGCGGGGACCUCGUCGUCAUCCCUCCGCCCCGACGGCCAAGGAGGCGAGGUGCGCCACUCGCGCUGGGAGCACUGGAUCGACUCGCGCACGACGGCGCCCGAGAACGCGGCGGACGAGGGGGACAUGUACGAGCAGCCCGACGGGCUGACGCUCGAAAAGGGCCGGAUGGUGAACCCCGCCACGGGCCGGGAGACGGACUACGAGGAGCUCUGGAGGGACAUUGACCCCGUUGCGGUUCUUCGGGCCGGUGCUGAUGCUGAGGAGAAGGGUGUCGAGUGCGUCGUGCUCAAGUUUGAGGACGAGUCGACGGGGGCGCGGGGAAUGGUUGUCUGGCUGGGACGGUUCUGUCAGGGGAUCUCGAGGGUCGGGGAGGAGGUUGCGGCGGAGAGGUGGGAGUGGAAGGAGGGGGAAGGGUGGAGGCGGACGGUGAGGAUCGGGGACCGGGCUUUGCCUUGCGAGGUCUUGUUGGUGACGGGUGCCGCGUUGAGUGUUGGGACGCAUGUUGUUCACGAGAAGGUUGUUUGGGAUGUGCUUGAGAGCAGUUGA